AUGUCAAGUCUUCCUGAGAAUUAUCAACCUCCUGAUCCAAGUUCACUACCAACGGGUCCAUUGGAUACCACAACAUCAGCAUUUCUAUACUCGUAUACUUGGGAUGACUCUUCUGUUCCUGAUCGAGAUAAUCACGAUCAGCUGAUGGGUUGGUUAUGGCAACAACAAGGUAUUCUCGAAUUAUGCCACAAUUGGGGUACAGAAUUACCAGAAAGUGAUUUUCAAGGUUACAAAUCCGGCAAUGAACCCGAACAUAAAGGAUUUGGACAUAUCUGCGUGUUUGUCGAUGACCUUCAUAAAGCUUGUGAUCGUUUUACAACGUUGGGAGUUCGAUUCAAAAAACGCCCCGAAGACGGACAAAUGAGACACAUCGCAUUUAUCUUGGAUCCUGAUGGAUAUUGGAUUGAAAUUAUCCAAAAAAGUGCUGGUGAUAAAGAAGUAACAAAGAAUUGA